CCUUCCUCCUCCUCCAGCCAGAGCUUGGCUUUGCUCUCUGCCCCUUUGUGGCUCUGCGCAGAGCUAAGUGGACACCAUGGCUGCUCAGAAUGGUCUCUGGGACACCAUUGUGAUCGGAGCAGGCAUCCAGGGCUGCUUCACCGCGUACCACCUGGCUAGCCACGGGAAGACGGUCCUCCUACUGGAGCAGUUCUUUCUACCACACUCCCGAGGAAGCUCCCAUGGACAGAGCCGGAUAAUACGAAAGGCAUACGCUGAAGACUUUUACGCCCACAUGAUGGACGAGUGCUAUCGGAUAUGGGCCCAGCUAGAGCACGAGGCUGGGACCCAAUUGUACAGGCAGACUGGACUACUUCUGCUGGGAAUGAAGGAGAACCCAGAACUGAAGACAAUCCAGGCCACUCUGUCCAGGCAGCGGGUGGAACACCAGUGCCUUUCAUCUGAAGAACUGAAGCAACGUUUCCCAAAUAUUCGGAUGAGCAGAGGAGAAGUGGGACUUCUGGAAAUGUGUGGAGGAGUUCUCUACGCAGACAAGGCCCUCAGAGCCCUGCAGGGCGUGGUUCGCCAGCGAGGAGGCACGGUGCGUGAUGGAGAGAAGGUGAUAGAGAUCAAACCAGGGUUACCAGUCCUGGUGAAAACCACCUCCAGGAGCUACCGAGCCAAGAGCUUGGUCAUCACAGCAGGUCCUUGGACCAACCGGCUCCUCGGUCCUCUGGGACUUGAGCUCCCCCUGCAGACCCUGCGGGUCAACGUGUAUUACUGGCAAGAGAAGGUUGCAGGGAGCUAUGGAGCGUCUCAGGCCUUCCCAUGCUUCCUGGGCCUGGACCUGGCUCCCCAGCACAUCUACGGGCUGCCUGCAGGAGAGUACCCAGGGCUGAUGAAGGUCUGCUAUCACCACGGCAACAGCGCAGACCCCGAGGAGCGGGACGGCCCCACAGCAUGCUCAGACAGCCAAGACAUCCGGAUCCUGCGUGGCUUUGUCCGAGAUCACUUGCCUGACCUGAAGCCUGAGCCCAGCGUCAUGGAGUGCUGCAUGUACACGAACACACCUGAUAGGCACUUCGUUCUCGAUCGACACCCGAUGUAUGACAACAUUGUCAUUGGUGCUGGAUUCUCUGGGCACGGAUUCAAGCUGUCCCCAGUUGUGGGGAAAAUCCUGUGUGAAUUAAGCAUGAAAGUAACGCCAUCCUAUGACUUGACACCUUUUCGAAUCAGCCGCUUCUCUGGCCUGGGCAAAGCCCACCUUUGACCCCAGACCAGCAGCUCUUCCUGUGCACAGGAGCCUCUGCUGGGUGGGGAGGGGAUGGCUUCUCAGGACGUCAUCCUGUCACCUCUGGCCACCUGUAAAUCC